GCAGCAGCUAGUCACGCCCUCUUUUUACACAGUCCUGGCUAAGGAAAUGGCGCCGAAAGUUAAAAAGGUGCAGAAGGAAAGAAAAUCGAAGAAGGCCUGGAGGUUUACUCUGGACCUUACCCAUCCUGUGGAAGAUGGAAUCUUUGACUCGGUCAACUUUGAGCAGUUUCUAAGGGAGAAGGUGAAAGUGAAUGGUAAAACCGGGAACCUUGGAAACAUUGUUCACAUUGAACGUACAAAGAGCAAGAUAAAUGUGGCGUCUGAGAAGCAGUUCUCCAAAAGGUACCUUAAAUACCUUACGAAGAAAUACCUGAAGAAAAACAACUUGCGUGACUGGCUGCGUGUAGUUGCUUCUGAUAAGGAGACCUAUGAACUUAGGUACUUCCAAAUCAGCCAAGAUGAUGAGUCUGAAUCGGAAGAAUAAAUGUCUUUACAGAAUAAAGAUAUUUAUACAAAA